AGCUUUCCGCUUACUGAAAGAUGUCAGCAAUUGGAGUAGUGUCCUGCUGUUCCUGUCUCCGUCCUGGUGUAUGGCUGCUGAAACCAGGAAUGCAGAAGAUGAGCUCCUUCGGCUUACAUACAGCAGCCAGGUGUGCUGCCAAGGAUUAUUAUGAAGUACUUGUGUUGGGUGGAGGCGCUGGUGGAAUCACCAUGAGUGCUCGGAUGAAGAGGAAGGUGGGGGCAGGAAAUGUGGCUGUUGUUGAGCCAAGUAAGACUCAUUACUACCAGCCACUGUGGACCCUGGUUGGCGGUGGUGCAAAGCAGCUGGCAACUUCUGCACGUCCAACAGGAAGCGUAAUGCCUAAAGGUGUUGAGUGGAUCAAAUCUCAAGUUACAGCGUUGGAUCCAGAUAAGAACUGCGUCUGGCUGGAGAAUGAUAUCAAGAUAUCUUACAAGUAUCUGAUAAUUGCCCUUGGGAUUAGUCUGCAUUAUGAAAAGAUCAAAGGCUUGCCUGAGGGUUUUCAUCACCCCAAAAUAGGUUCCAAUUAUUCAGUUCAUACGGUAGAGAAAACAUGGAAAGCUUUACAAGAUUUCAAGGAAGGAAAUGCUAUCUUCACUUUUCCAAAUACUCCAGUGAAGUGUGCAGGGGCUCCUCAGAAGAUCAUGUAUUUAUCAGAGGCCUACUGGAGGAAAACAGGAAAACGUUCCAAAGCAAACAUAAUGUUCAACACUUCACUUGGUGUCAUUUUUGGUGUUAAGAAGUAUGCUGAUGCAUUGCUUGAAAUAAUAAAGGAGAGGAAUAUUGCUGUUAACUAUAAGCGCAACCUUGUAGAAGUUCGAGCAGACAAGCAGGAAGCUGUGUUUGAAAACUUGGACAAACCUGGAAUGACUGAAGUUCAUCAGUAUGAAAUGCUUCAUGUCACACCCCCAAUGGGGCCACCUGAUGUACUCAUCAACAGUCCUGUCUCGGAUGAAAUUGGCUGGGUGGAUGUAGAUAAGGAAACUCUACAACAUAAAAAGUAUCCUAAUGUAUUUGGUAUUGGAGACUGCACCAACCUUCCAACAUCAAAAACUGCUGCAGCUGUAGCUGCCCAGUCUGGAGUGCUUGAUAAAACUAUUUCCCUGGUAAUGAAGAACCAGUUGCCAACUAAAAAGUAUGAUGGAUAUACUUCCUGCCCACUAGUAACAGGCUACAACAAGGUGAUUCUAGCAGAAUUUGACUAUGACGCUCAGCCUUUGGAGACCUUUCCCAUUGACCAGAGUAAGGAGAGAGUAACCAUGUACCAUAUGAAAGCUGAUAUGAUGCCUUUUCUCUACUGGAAUGCACUACUUAAGGGAUACUGGGGAGGACCAGCUCCUGUCAGGAAGCUAAUGCAUCUGGGCUUGAAGUAA